UUUGCCUUUGCAAAUCCAUCUCUCCAAUCGCUAUGGUGAUAGAGACGAAGAAGAAGAGGGAGAAAGCAGUGGCGAUAAGAAUGGCAUGGAGGGAUCGGAACGGGGUUCAGAGACAUUUGAGUGUUCUUUCUAAUUAGCUGGUUUAACUGUGCUGAUUUCUGGAAGUAUUAAUUCUGCGGUAAUGGUACUGGGGUUAAAUCAACUGAUAAAGGUGUCUGCUUAUAGAUGCUUGAGUCAUUUUUGUGCAAACCCUUUAUGUUUUAUUAGAUUGAGUGUAUUCUCAACUGCGAAUUUUGGGAGUCAAAGUGAGGGGGAAUGUAAAGCCAACAAUAUCAAUGAUGGGUAUGAUGGUUCUGUGGUUCCUGGGGAAUUACGUUUUGCAGGAAGUGCCCGUGAUGAUACUUGUAUCCCUCAAAACUUCAAUUUUGGGUGUCUUAACAAUGUUGAGUCGCAUGAGCUCUACCAAGAUGAAGUAGAAGAAGAUCAUGAAUAUGAAGGACAGCAUGGUAGUGAUGAUGAUAGUCUUGAGGUUCUUAGCACCUUUCAAGGCAGUCACAAACAGACAGUAGACAUUAGGAAAUUUGACAUUGACGAGAAUGAAUAUAGACACCCUUUAGUCAGAGAAACUAGCAGGUUAAUUACGCUCAGGUCAGCUUGGGACCCAAAACUGGAAGGAGAAUUGAGGCACUUGUUAAGAAGCCUCAAGCCCCCUCAAGUUUGUGCUGUUUUACGCUCCCAAGAUGACGAGCGUGUAGCUUUGAAUUUUUUCUAUUGGGCUGAUCGGCAGUGGCGUUAUCGACAUAACAUUAUGGUCUACUAUAAUAUGUUGGAAGUCCUUAGCAAGACUAAACUGUGUCAAGGUGCUAGGCGAGUUCUUCGGUUGAUGACCCGCAGGGGAAUUAAGUGUUCGCCUGAAGCUUUUGGGUAUGUGAUGGUGUCAUAUAGUCGUGCAGGCAAGUUAAGGAAUGCCCUUCAAAUUUUGACCUUGAUGCAGAAAUCUGGUGUUGACCCUAAUUUAUCGAUAUGUAACACUGCCAUAUAUGCCUUGGUGAAGGGGAAGAAACUGAAAAAUGCACUGAGGUUCUUGGAAAGAAUGCAACUAAUAGGAAUCAAACCCAAUGCUGUUAGUUAUAACUGCUUGAUUAAGGGGUUCUGUGAUUUAAAUCAAAUUGAGGGUGCAUUGGAGCUUAUCACUAAUAUGCCAUCUAAAGGAUGCAUGCCUGAUAAAGUUAGUUACUAUACGGUGAUGACUUUCCUCUGUAAGGAGAAAAGAAUUGAAGAACUGAAGCAGUUAAUGGAGAAUAUGGUAAGGUACAGUAAAUUAAUACCAGAUCAGGUUACAUAUAAUACACUUAUCCAUGUACUUUCAAAGCAUGGACAUGCAGAUGAUGCUCUUUCUUUUCUAAAGGAAGCAGAAGAGAAAGGUUUUCGCAUUGAUAAGGUUGGGUAUAGUGCAGUAGUUCACUCUUUUUGCAAGAAGGGCAGGAUGGGUGAGGCAAAGAAUUUAGUGAACAAUAUGUAUGUGCAGGGUUGUAUACCUGAUGUAGUGACAUAUACUGCCGUUAUUGAUGGAUUUUGUCGCACGGGAAAUGUAGAUGAAGCUAAAAGGAUGCUGCAACAGAUGUACAAACAUGGGUGCAAGCCCAAUACUGUAUCAUAUACAGCUCUGUUGAAUGGCCUCUGUCGAAGUGGAAAGUCAGUUGAGGCAAGAGAAAUGAUAAAUACAAGUGAGGAGCAUUGGUGGAGUCCAAAUGCUGUCACUUACAGUGCUGUCAUGCAUGGGUUGCGGAGGGAGGGGAAAUUAUCUGAGGCCUGUGAUCUGGUCAGGGAAAUGAUUAAAAAGGGGUUUUUCCCAACACCAGUUGACAUUAACUUGCUUCUCCAGUCUCUAUGUCAAGAAGGGAAAAUAACUGAGGCUAAAAAAUUUAUGGAAGAAUGUCUGAAUAAGGGCUGUGCCAUUAAUGCCGUCAACUUUACCACUGUGAUUAACGGCUUUUGUCAGAUGGGUGACUUAGAUGCUGCUUUGUCUGUGCUUGAUGACAUGUAUUUAAGCAACAAACAUCCUGAUGCAGUCACAUAUACGGCACUAUUUGAUGCAUUUGGGAAGAAAGGUAGAUUGGAAGAGGCUUCUGAACUCAUCAUGAAAAUGCUUAACAAAGGUUUGGUUCCUACUCCGGUAACAUAUAGGACAGUCAUACACCGGUAUUGUCAAUGGGGCAGAGUGGAGGAUUUGUUGAGAUUAUUGGAUAAAAUGCUUGCCAGGCAAACAUUCAGAAUGGCUUACAAUCAGGUUAUUGAGAAGCUCUGUGAUUUUGGGAACCUUGAGGAAGCUGAUAAACUUUUAGGGAAGGUUUUGAGAACUGCUUCAAAACUUGAUGCUAAGACAUGCCAUGUUCUGAUGGAAAGCUAUCUGAGUAAAGGGAUGGCUCUGUCAGCAUAUAAGAUGGCUAGUAGAAUGUUUAGCCGCAAUUUGAUUCCUGACCUUAAGUUGUGUGAGAAAGUGAGCAAGAAACUGACAACGGAUGGUAUGUUGGUGGAGGCUGAUAACCUCAUGUUAAGAUUUGUUGAGCGUGGAUGUAUAAUGCCACAGAAGGGGACUCAUCUGUCGAGUUAA